AUGGAAUUGAUCAAGUUAAAAUGGAAGGUGUUCUGUGCCAAAAAUAUCUAUGGAGCUAAAAAUGGAGAUAAUGACACUGAAUUGGUGAUGAGGUAUUACAAAGGCAGGAAGACAUUUAAUGAACUAAACCGCUGCAAAUUUUAUCAGAUAGAGGUUAAUAUUGUGGAAAGAAAACUACCUAUUUUGAACCUACUCAUGAAUUUGAAAAGUCUAGGGGAGGCACGUGUUAACGAGUCAGUACUUGAUGUUACAUCUGACUUCAGGAGGCUUCAGCUAUCCCUGGUCCAUGAAUUUAGCACUACUGCCGGAUAUGUGCGAGAUGGAACCUUUCUGUCGAAUGGAGAGUUUAUUUUUUCUACCAGAAAAAGUGGUCGUUGGGAAAGUUCCAAUGAUAAAUGUUUUGUGUACAGCAGUAAUUGGGAAUGUACCAAAGAAAUAGAAUCAUUAUCUGCACCUUUUGGAAUUUUCCAAAAGGGAAAUGAAGUGCUUAUAGGAUGUACGGGUUCAAAGGUUAUUGAAGUGAAGUCACUUUGUACGUACAAUAAGAUAAAGACAAUACGUGUAUCAAGAGCAAUCUUCGGAAUAGCAUUUCUGAAAUCAUAUUUCUUUGAAGCAUGUGAUGACAGAAUUGUUAAGGUAGACCUGUCAGGAGUGAAAGUUAGAGAUGUUAACACAGGUACAAGUGUUAAACAUAUCACAGCCACAAACGACCACAUUGUCUUCGGUAACAGAAAAACAAACCUGGUGACAUGUAUGGACAGUAUGGGGAGAAACAUUUGGUCAUACAGCAGCGUCAGUCUGAAAUCCCCAUGUGGUAUUGACAAAGACGCUGAUAAUAAUAUUUAUGUUGCAGGUAAAGAGAGUGACAAUGUCCACGUGCUGUCCUGUCAUGGCGAACUUAUUCGAAUCUUUGAGGAUAUUCCAAGGCCUGAUUUUAUGAAAAUAGACAAAGGAAGAAAGUUCUGCUGUGUCUCUAGCAACAGAAAAUACCUUAGAGUGUUCGAAUUCAAAUAG